AUGGGAAUUAUAUGCUCUCAGCCGAUGGAUGUUAGCAAUAACAUUUCACAUAAACAUUCUUCACUAGCAACAACUCAUGGUCCUAUUUCUUUCAACCAUUCAAUCGAAAAGUCAAUUAUGAAGAUAGAUUACAACAAAAUAAUAAUGGAGAAUAAGAUGAAAAUCUUGAGCGAUAAAGUGGUUGAAUUUACCAAUGUUAGUCUUAAACCUACUAUUAAGGAAUUAAAACAUUCAAAAAGGAUCACUGAGGACUAAAAAGUCACAAAAAAGUAAUUCUUGGAUGGCCUGUUGGAUCGCUGUGAUUUGCUCGACCUAAAUGUUGCUGACAUGUUUCAGCUUAAGUUAGAUUUAGAGACAAAAUUCAUUGAUCUUGAUCUAAACCUGAUUGAAGAAAAUAAAGAUAUCAAUUAAGAAAUAGAAAAAUAUCAGGAAGGCUUUGAGGAAUUAAAGCAAGUAUACGCAAAAAACGAUCAAGCCUUCAAAGACAUAUUUAUCGAUUUCAUGAAUUUCAGAGCAUAUUGGGAUAUGAUUGAAGACUAUGAAGAAAAUAUACAGACAAUUCAUAAGGAUAUGGAUGUUAUAAGUAGAGGUAUUACCAACUUAUUUUAGGAGAUAAUUGACGCUGAUGAAUUUGUCGAAUAACAUAUGAUCAAUAAUAUCAACUACGAUGAUCUCAUCGCAAGAAAUAUUUUGAGGAUAGUAUAAGACUCAAGAAAAAAAUUUGUUGGUAUGAUAUUGAUAUUUGCCAAAAUUUAAAAGAAAUUCUAGGGAAUACUUCAAACAUAUAAAGAGUAAAAGGAUAAGAAAUUUGAUGAUCAAGAUGUCAUAAAGUAAAAAUACAAAAAAAUUAAAGUGGUUGCCAUAGAAAUAAGAUAGUAAUUGGGUGAUAUGUAUGUUGAAAAACUUUCAGACCAAAUGGAAGAGAAAAUUGAUGAUUUAAAUUAGGAAAUAUAAGAUAAGUUAGUGAAAAAGAGGCUCGAUUUAAACUAGAACUAAUCAUAGAUAUUAACUGAAAUAAAUGAACCAGUCCUGAAAUCCCCAAAUUUUUCCCCGAAAGCUACUUUAAGAUUAGAUUCAGAAUAAGAUGAGUCAGAUACAUUGAAAAAGGCACAGUAACUUAGAGAUGAUAUCUUAGAACUAAAGAAAGAAAUAGAAUCAAAGAACACUGAGCAACUAAAAAAAUGUGAACUGAAAGUAUUAGGCUUAAUGAUAAAAAAGCAAAAAUAGGUUACUUUAUAGCUUUUAAGACUUGAGAAUGAAACUUCUUUGAAAAUUAUUGAUGCAUCUUUAAAAAAGAUUGACGAGAAGUGCUAAGAAUUAAGAGAAUUUAUUGAAUAAUAUUCCAUGGUAUCUCCUAAAGAAAAAAAUAAAGAUAAAAGUAAAUUAUUGCUUAACUUAUAGCAGGUUGAAUAAGGAUUAAAGGAGCUUAUAGGAUACAACCUAAUGUCCUAAAGUUAUAAAAGUAGACUUUAGUAAGUUAUGGAUGAUACUAGUGAAAUGAUUGAGAUAAAGCAAUUAACAUUGAGAAUACCUGAGCUUAGGAAAAUUAAAGAUAAUGUUAUUAAUCUGAAGAUUGACAUAAAAUAAAAAUGCAAGGAGCUAGGAACAGGCAAGAAAAAAUAAGGACGUCAAGGAGGUAAAUAUAAGGAUUUAUCUGAUAAGUUAAUGCAAAAUUUUAUCUAGAAACAGAAGCCUGAAUUUAUUAUUGAGAGAGUAACUUUAAACAUAUAUGUAUUUGGGGAUUAAAAAAUUGUAACUAAAAUUCAUAAUGGUGUACUAUGUGUUAGAGAGGAUAUUGGAAUGAUUCCAAUUGAAAAGUUCUAUAAUGAUAUUAUUAGCAAAAAGCUUCAGAAAUAGAAAGGUUAUUCAGGUAGUUUUAAAAAUAAUAAAGAAUCUAUGUUAUCAUCCCCAAAAGUACGAGUGAAUACCAAUGAUAGUAAGAAUGCAUCUUCUAAAGCAGGAAAUAACAAAACUCAGAAUUUGUUUACUAGUCCAACUAUAAGUCCUCAAAGCAAGACACCAUAAGGCCAAAGUUUCACAUUUGAACGAGAUAAUAAGCAGAGAUUGGGUUCAAUGAAGUUACCUCCAAAAAAUUCAACAACAAGUAAAAUUUCAAUUAAAAAAAAAGGAUUCUUAGAGCAGCAAUAGAAUGAACAAAGGAUGAGUCUGAUUGAUUUAAAGCCACUAAUCUCUCAGAAAUAUAGCGCUCUAGAUAAGGCAUUAAAAGAUAAGUUGGCAUAUUCAGUUAUAAACCCAAGAUCAGAAACUAGUUUCUAGGUGGACUUUAACUAAUCAGUAAUAUCUAAGGGUGACUCUAUCUAUGAACAAACUAUAACAUAGUAAGAUGAUAGCUAUGAGUAGACUUCUAGCAAUUCUGAUCUGUUCUAGUAAUCAGGUCAAAUUUUAAACACAAAAUGA